CCAUAGAAAGUAUCUUACAAAUACGUGUGUCACACUUCAAUUCUCUUGUCAGCUGGGUGAUCGAUCUCCAUUACACUUUUGGGUUGCGGAUAAUUUUUCGCAAUUACGACUUAAAAUUCCAUUGGUUAAGCGAAAACCCACAGAUAAAAGCACAGUGACUAAGCAGAGGGUCUUUUAAGACCUUUUAAUCCGAAAUUAAUCGCAAAGUUCUGAGCGAAGGUUGAAGCACAUACUCUAUUGUUGUUGUCGAAGAACGCCAGAGAUGCCUUGUUGUAAAACCACUUGUACAUGGGCCCAGAACCUCAAGGUUGGUCCUGAAUAUCGACAGUAUACAGUACAGCUGGUUCGUGAAAUUGGUUGCGUUUGUGAAGGGUACCGUAUCUACGUUAAUGGACAUGAACUGGAGCAUCAUGGAUUGACUUACAAUCCAUGUAGCCCUCUUUGCUUUGGUGGCGGACAGUACGAGUGGGAACAAGAUGGUCAUUCAUUCAUUCUCGUUUUCAAUUCGUUGUCGUGGACGAACUACUUUGGAGGUUUUCGCCUAUUCAUAGAUGGCACAGAUGUGAAUACUGGGCGUGAAUUUUCGUCGUUUUGGCGGCGCCGUGGGUUGCAAGUUAUGUUCGCUGGCCUAGUGUUGCUGUUCUUGGGUACAACUUUAUCAUUGAUAUUUCAUUAUGCACUUUCUAGGCGAACGCAUUUAAUUGCUGUCGGCUAUGCUUUCUUUAUUACUGGUGUGGUUUAUAUUUUGCUCGGGCUCAUUCCAGUCUUACGAUUCCGAAAACCACGGUAUGACAGGGCUGCCGCAGUGGAGUACACAGCUAACACAGUGUGACGCGAAUCCGCAUUUCAAGUGGUUCUUAGGACUUAUGGCUUAGAUUGAAGGUCGAUAAGAGUUUACUGCUACAGUUUAUCAAAGUGUUUCUUACACAGCGACCAGCUCUAUUCGAUGCCUGAAUAGGUUAGCAGCUAAAUAUAUCAAAUGCGUUAAAUUCACAAUACAUUUUUUGUAUUUUAUUACCUUCUCAAGAGGUCAUGUCAUUUUCGUGAAAUAUGUUAUCGAAAAGAAAUUAAAUCAUGUUGGAUGCUCAUUAGGUCAUAAUUUAUAGUGGUUUUAUAGCUAUGACAUUAGGCAUUAACUAUGAUUGAUCUUCACCGGCAUUUUCCAUAAAUAUGUACCUGAUUUGCUGUCAAUUUGAAAAGCCUUUUCACUUGAAAAUAAUCUGAACAUUUCGUUCUUAAUUUUACUUUGGUUUUGAAGUUUCCCUUGUAUUUGGUAAUUUAGCUCUAGUUGUGGCUUGAAUGAGUACUUUUGAGGUUUAGCUAUCAGUAAUGCACACUUUCUGUUACAUUUACAUCUUACCAAGAAUUUAUGAAAGGUAAAAUGGGCUUGCUUAGAAAGGCAGACAUUUCAUGUAGUUUUCAUGGGAGUGAGCCUCUUAAUUAAGAAAAAAUGUAAUUACACUGGGAGGGAAGGGGUUCAGAAAAUACUGAGAACUAUUCUUUCACCACAGAAAUCCUAGGAAAAAAUUGGAUUGCAUGGAACACUUAGGUCAAGGUGAAAGCAGUCAAUAAACAUUUUCUUUUCA